GAGAGAGAGAGCUAAGACCUACCCCCCUGGAUGUUUCACGUUAGGUUCUGCUGCUCCGGUCUCUUGCUUGUCAGUUAUCUUUUGUGCUGUGGUUAGUGUGGAUUCUCUUCAACGCAUAGAUAAGACCUCUCCAAAUAAUAUUCAAGGUAGGUUUAUUUAAUAUCUGUAUUCACAGAUGCAAUGUCGUAGUGCUGGUCUAUGUAAAUAGAAAGUUUUUUACCAUUACGCGGUCAAUGGAUGCGUUGCUUUUACGCGCACAAAUUGCAUCUUGCUUUACGUCUGUUGGAAAAGAUAAAGGUGUCUGCAGUGUGCUGAAUCUCUUCUCAAAACAUGUUUAAAUUCGGUUUAAUCCUAUUUAUUUUUGUUUAUUAGAUUUCGUUUGACAUGUAUGUAGCCUAUACCAUUAUAUGUGGAAUGCACAGGCAGUAAACGUAUUUUUUGGUCUGUGGACCGUGGGAACUUUACAGCCCAUGCCCAUCCCAAUGAGACAUUAUUGGGGUAAUCAGCGUACGGCAAUUAGGCUGGGUUUAGACAGGCAGUCCAAUCUUUUGACCAAUCCGAUCAAUUCUGAAAAAGCUCUGAUGUGAUUGGGGUAAUUACCGGUCAAUGGGCUGAAUUGGAAAUGUAGGCCUAUGAGCACAAGACGUUGAAAAUAUGUCUUUGAACCAAUUUUGAUUACUGGGAUGUAAUUCCAUGGCAAUGUGCAGUGAGAUACAACAGCUGUCAUUAUCAUAUUAUUUCUAAGAACAGUUACAGACUUCUCUAUAUUUAUCCUAUUAUAUCCAGGCUAUAUUGAGGAAUGUGUGUAGGCUAUGCAUUUUUUAGUAGUUUGUUUGAAACAGAAUACUCAGAAUACCAAUUCUAUGGUUUGAACCUUGGAACUUCAAGUUUAUGUUGCCCCAAUUUCAUUGGCUACAGAUUGAAUUUGAGUUAACGUUUCCAGACAAGACCAUUUGUUAAAUGUUAACAUAUGACUCAAGGCGAGAAAAAGAAAUCCCUUCUCAAGACACAAGACUCAAAGGAAUGCGACCCGAAUCACACUUAAUGGUUUUCUAACAUAAACAUUGUCUGAUCAAAUACAUUCACCACUCUGAUUUUAGUUUCUUUUGACAAGGCAUUAUGUAUGAAAGUAAAUGCAUUCCAGAUUAAAUUCCAUACAUUUUACACUGAUUUCGUUCUGGAAACAUGUGCAACUCAAAUGUAUUCCAACCCACUCACAUUUCACCCCGACUGUGCUAUGACGACGCUGGCGGUUGAAAGUGGCCUCAUGUGCCAACUUUACGCACGCACUGUUAUGACGAUGAAUGUCUAAUAUCGUUAUCAUGAUUGACUCACUCUUUUUAACAUAAUUAAGGUAGUUAAGGAAAGUGCUUGACACAUUUCACAUGGCCUCUUUUUACGUACUCGCUAGCUCAGUCAACUUUUAGACCAAGUGGUGUUGUCACUGUGUUUUAAACUAAGUGCAUGUGUCGCUAUCACAAUGUCGACUCUGCUCCACACUCCCCAUAAACCCAAUGUUGAAUGCAGAAUUAGUCACUUUAGCAAACGUUUUAAGGCACUUUUAAUUGAAAUGUUCUUGAAUGUAGAUAAAUGGUUUGUUAUUUUGUUUUUGUUUUUCAUUAUGUAUUUGUAAUUAUAGUCUUACUGUACUGUUCUCACCCUAAUGUCGUCUGUAUUAUUUAAUUCACAGGAGUUGGACAAUAAGCAGUUCAGUCAAGACCUCCAAACAGAGCACAUGAGCACCCCCUGGUGUCAGUGACAAGCAUAACACCUGUGAUCAGCGACAUGGUGGGGAAAUAGAGCCAAGACUACCUGGCUCAGCUGCAUCUAACAUCUCCUUUACAUGUGUCUAUUAGAUUAUAGUUCUGUCAUUCUAUGGAGGUGUGAGUUUCAGAACUCAACUCUGAUGCUUAGUGCCUCCAUACCACAGAGAGUCCCCAUACCAACUGGUAUUGACCGGUAACUGAAGCAUGACAAGUUCAACUAUGCGUUAAUUAAUACCUAGAAUAAGGUAUUAAAGAGUUUUCCAAAGAGUUCACUAAAGAAGACUUAACCAACUGUACAGAAGCAUGGAGAUGGAAGCCUCCCGUGCUGUCUACGCUGGGGCCUUCCCCACUGAAUCUAUAGACUCUCUACCCACCAACACCUCCUCCUCUCCAAGCCUGCUCCAAUUCUUCUGGGAUUACCAGAACAAUGAUGUCAUUGUGACCCACUACAACUACACAGGCAAGCUCCAGACAGACCGGUAUCGUGAGGGGUUAAAACCUGAAGCCAUAGCCUUCCUGGUAGUGUGUCUUCUUAUCAUCCUGGAGAAUGCUGUGGUUCUAAUAGCCAUCUGGACCAAUAAGAAGUUCCACCUGCCCAUGUACUAUCUCCUAGGUAACUGUUGUUGUUGUUGUUUUUGUGCUACAUCCACUCCCCUCUCUGCAGAGGACAACUUUAUUACUAUGACUAUAUUGUAUAUAACUUCCAAAAAUGUAAUGUUACAAUAUGACAUUUUUUCCACCAUAUGCAAUUCCAUUAAUUUUCAAUUUUUUCUUCCUAGGUAACCUGACUCUGUCGGAUCUGCUGGCCGGUGUCACCUACAUGGCCAAUAUCAUCAUGUCGGGUCCUAAUACACUGAGACUAACUCCAAUACUCUGGUUUCUGAGGGAAGGAGGCGUCUUUAUUACAUUAGCCGCCUCCGUCAUCAGCCUACUGGCCAUCGCUAUAGAACGCCACAUUACCAUGGUGACAAUGAAACCGUACCACGGGGCGAAGAAGGGUCGGAUGCUGGCUCUGAUCGGGGGGAGCUGGGCGUUAGCAGGGCUGCUGGGGGUGCUCCCCGUCCUGGGCUGGAACUGUAUGGGUCGUCUGGACCGGUGCUCCACGGUUCUCCCGCUCUUCGCCAAGUCUUAUAUCCUGUGCUGCGUGUCCGUGUUCAGCGGCGUGCUCCUCGCCAUCGUCGUUCUCUACGCCCGCGUCUUCCGUAUUGUGCGCACUAACACCCAGCGCCAACGCCUCGGAGUUGCAAAGGGAAGUCUUCGCAAAGGCCUCGCCAGGAAAUCCCAGAAGUAUAUGGCGCUUCUCAAGACGGUCACUAUUGUCCUCGGCGUCUUCAUCGCUUGUUGGUUGCCGCUCUUCCUCCUCCUCGGCCUAGACUCAUUCUGCCCCGCCCGCCACUGCCGACUGCUCCUCAAGGCAGACUACUUCCUGGGCGUUGCCAUGGUGAACUCGCUCCUCAACCCCGUAAUAUACACCCUGACCAGCAAAGACAUGCGUCGCGCCAUUUUAAAACUGCUCUGCCGCCCGUGUCUCAUAACCAAGGACGGGCAGGUGAAGAGGAUGGGGGUGCCGUUCCUGGAGUGUAGCUUCAGUAAGACGGAGGUGGCAUCGCAGAAGCUGGAAGGCCUGGAGACGACGAUCUCCUCUGGGAACAUCAUCACGGCUCAGUCACCCAUAAAGGCUCUCUACCCCAAGCUCUUCAAGGUC